GGCGGCGGCGGGAGGAGGGUGUAGUGCGCGGUGUGGACAGACAGGGGGUGACGGAGAGAGGCGAGGAGGAUGGGGGCGCGGGAGCCGGGCGCUGGCGGCGGCGCGGGGUGCUGACGGCGCGUCAGGAACCGGCGGCGGAGCGGCGGGCAGCAGCCGCCGCGGCGCAGGGCAGUGUAUCUUCUGAUCUGAAAGUCUUCCAUGAAAACCACAGUUUCAAAAAAUAAGUCAUGUCAUCUGUUUUCUUUAAAGAUUAAAAUGGGGGCUAUAAUUUUGAGGGCCCCAUGGUUAUGAGUGUGCCUCAGCCCCAUGAUGCCUCCUGCUAUGGCAGACAUCCUUGACAUCUGGGCGGUGGACUCACACAUAGCAUCUGAUGGCUCCAUCCCUGUGGACUUCCUUCUGCCCACUGGCAUUUACAUCCAGCUGGAGGUACCUCGGGAAGCUACCAUUUCUUCUAUUAAGCAGAUGCUAUGGAAGCAAGUUCACCACUACCCAAUGUUCAACCUGCUCAUGGAAAUUGACUCCUAUAUGUUUGCAUGUGUGAAUCAAACUGCUGUUUACGAGGAGCUCGAAGAUGAGACGCGAAGGCUUUGUGAUGUCAGGCCUUUCCUCCCAGUUCUCAAGUUAGUGACGCGAAGUUGUGACCCAGCAGAAAAACUGGACUCAAAAAUUGGAGUCCUUAUAGGAAAAGGUCUACAUGAAUUUGAUGCCUUGAAGGAUCCUGAAGUGAAUGAAUUUCGGAGAAAAAUGCGCAAAUUCAGCGAAGAAAAAAUUCAGUCUCUGGUGGGAUUGUCGUGGAUUGACUGGCUGAAGCAGACGUACCCACCAGAGCACGAGCCAUCCGUCCUUGAAAACCUGGAAGACAAACUCUAUGGAGGAAAGCUCAUCGUGGCUGUGCACUUUGAAAACAGUCAGGAUGUGUUCAGCUUUCAAGUAUCCCCUAAUAUGACUCCUAUCAAAGUAAAUGAAUUGGCUAUCCAGAAACGCCUGACUAUCCAUGGAAAGGAAGACGAAGCCAGUCCCUCUGACUACGUAUUGCAAGUCAGCGGGAGAGUGGAGUAUGUAUUUGGAGACCAUCCACUAAUUCAGUUCCAGUAUAUCCGGAACUGUGUAAUGAACAGAUCCCUACCCCAUUUUAUACUGGUGGAAUGCUGCAAGAUCAAGAAAAUGUAUGAGCAGGAAAUGAUUGCAAUAGAGGCUGCUGUAAACCGACAUUCAUCUAACCUUCCUCUUCCUUUACCACCGAAGAAAACACGUGUUGUGUCUCAUGUUUGGGACAAUAACAACCCUUUCCAAAUUGUCUUGGUAAAAGGAAACAAGCUGAACACAGAAGAAACUGUAAAAGUUCAUGUCAGGGCUGGCCUUUUCCAUGGUACAGAGCUCCUGUGUAAAACCGUUGUCAGCUCAGAAAUAUCAGGGAAAAAUGAUCACAUCUGGAAUGAGCCACUGGAGUUUGAUAUUAAUACUUGUGACUUGCCACGAAUGGCUCGAUUAUGUUUUGCUGUUUAUGCAGUUUUGGAUAAAGUAAAAACGAAGAAAUCAACUAAAACUAUUAAUCCUGCUAAGUACCAGACCAUCAGGAAAGCUGGAAAAGUGCAUUACCCUGUAGCAUGGGUAAACACGAUGAUUUUUGACUUUAAAGGACAGUUGCGGUCUGGGGACGUAAUUUUGCACAGCUGGUCUUCAUUUCCCGAUGAACUUGAAGAAAUGUUGAAUCCAAUGGGAACUGUUCAGACAAAUCCAUACACUGAAAAUGCAACUGCCUUGCAUAUAAGGUUUCCAGAGAAUAAAAAACAGCCAUACUAUUACCCUCCUUUUGAUAAGAUCAUUGAGAAGGCAGCAGAGAUUGCGAGCAGUGACAGUGCCAACGUAUCGAGUCGAGGUGGGAAGAAGUUUCUUGCUGUACUGAAGGAGAUCUUGGACAGGGACCCCUUGUCUCAGCUGUGUGAGAAUGAAAUGGAUCUUAUUUGGACUCUGCGACAAGACUGCCGAGAAAACUUCCCACAGUCACUGCCCAAGUUACUGCUGUCCAUCAAGUGGAAUAAACUUGAAGAUGUUGCUCAGCUUCAGGCACUGCUUCAAAUUUGGCCUAAACUGCCCCCUCGAGAAGCACUGGAGCUUCUGGACUUCAACUACCCGGACCAGUACGUCCGGGAGUACGCAGUGAGCUGCUUACGGCAGAUGAGUGAUGAAGAGCUCUCUCAGUAUCUGUUACAACUGGUGCAGGUGUUAAAAUACGAGCCUUUCCUCGACUGCGCGCUCUCUCGAUUCCUGCUGGAACGGGCGCUUGCCAACCGGAGGAUAGGGCAGUUUCUGUUUUGGCAUCUUAGGUCUGAGGUGCACAUCCCUGCUGUCUCCGUCCAGUUCGGAGUGAUUCUGGAAGCGUAUUGCCGAGGGAGCGUGGGGCACAUGAAGGUCCUCUCCAAGCAGGUGGAAGCACUCAAUAAGCUAAAAACAUUAAAUAGUCUGAUCAAACUGAAUGCAGUGAAGCUGAACAGGGCUAAAGGGAAGGAGGCAAUGCAUACUUGUUUAAAGCAGAGUGCUUACCGGGAGGCCCUCUCGGACCUGCAGUCUCCUCUGAAUCCGUGCGUCAUCCUCUCCGAACUCUAUGUGGAGAAAUGCAAGUACAUGGACUCUAAAAUGAAGCCUUUGUGGCUGGUGUACAGCAAUAAGAUGUUUGGUGAGGACUCCGUGGGAGUGAUUUUUAAAAACGGUGAUGAUUUACGACAGGAUAUGCUGACACUCCAAAUGCUGCGCUUGAUGGAUUUACUCUGGAAAGAAGCUGGUCUGGACCUUCGGAUGUUGCCUUAUGGCUGCUUGGCAACCGGAGAUCGCUCUGGCCUCAUCGAGGUGGUAAGCACCUCGGAAACCAUCGCUGACAUUCAGCUCAACAGUAGCAACGUGGCUGCCGCUGCGGCCUUCAACAAAGAUGCCCUUCUCAACUGGCUUAAAGAGUACAAUUCCGGGGAUGACCUGGACCGAGCUAUCGAGGAAUUUACUCUAUCCUGUGCUGGCUACUGUGUAGCUUCUUACGUCCUGGGCAUUGGUGACAGACACAGUGACAACAUCAUGGUGAAAAAAACCGGUCAGCUCUUCCACAUCGACUUCGGACACAUCCUCGGAAACUUCAAAUCCAAGUUCGGCAUUAAAAGGGAGCGCGUGCCUUUUAUUCUCACUUACGACUUUAUUCAUGUCAUUCAGCAAGGAAAGACGGGAAACACGGAAAAAUUUGGCCGGUUCCGCCAGUGCUGUGAGGACGCGUACCUGAUCCUGCGGCGGCAUGGCAAUCUCUUCAUCACCCUCUUUGCCCUGAUGCUGACCGCAGGCCUUCCCGAGCUCACGUCGGUCAAGGACAUACAGUAUCUUAAGGACUCUCUCGCCUUAGGGAAGAGCGAAGAAGAGGCACUGAAACAAUUCAAGCAGAAAUUCGAUGAGGCGCUCAGGGAAAGCUGGACCACCAAAGUGAACUGGAUGGCCCACACAGUCCGCAAAGACUACAGGUCCUAACAACGCCUCGGUUCUCCUAACCCCCCGUCAGUCUGCUUUCCUCCUCGUUUUGCACUCGCACUGAAUUGAACUGGACCCCGCCAGAGAUGUUAUAAAGGGAAUAGACUCCUGAACUGCGGCGUCAUUAAGAACAAUGCCCCCACCGAACUCUGAAGAGCCCUGCCACCUCCACCUCCCCGCUCCCCGCUCUGAAUGCCCCCAGCUCAUCAUGAGUGCUGCCAAGUGAUGAUGAUCAUUUCCUGCUGAAACUGCACGCCAAGGAAUGCCGCUGGGCCCGCGUGAGGUCUUUUUUGUUUUUAAGUUUUUGGUACUUUACAGGAGAGGUGUAAAUACUUCUUUUCAGUGUUGUGCCUGUGUUAUUACUUAGCCAACAACCUGUCCACGCUGGGGCCUGGGCUGUGUUUGCUUCCAGUGAAGCUGCAAAGAAAGGUAUCUUCCUUCCCUUUUUAAAUUGUGUAGAGUACAAAUUAUAAUAUAAUUUGAACUUCAGAUUAUUUUUCAAAAGGAAUCUUUUAAAAAUCUGUGGAAACCCAUUAAUUUUGUUAAUAUUUAUCUUCCAUGACAGCAUCCUUCCAAGCCAGACUUGCUGAAAAUCUAUGGGUGAGGCAGAUAUAAUAUAUAAUAUAAAUAGAUAUAUAAAUAUGCUGCAUAUAUAUAUAUUUAUAAGAUUUCUAGUGGGAGUUCUGUAUAAAAAAAAAAAUGUUUCUUUGGUAUGUUCCAGCCUGAUUUAAGCAGAACUUUGUCUUAAGUUAUCUUUGUUUUAACUGUGCGAUCCAGUUCUUCCAGCUGCUUCUGUAAUGAGGCACAUUAUCAAUACCAAUUUUAUAUGGUAUCUAGGAAAGAAGUCGCUUCCUAGAACCUAACACAUGAGCAGACAUAUGCAAGAAAGCAAGCAAAUGAAAAGGAGCCUAUUUAUGGCAUCAUCUCCAGACCUAAAAUUCAGUAUUUUAUUUUAGUACAAUGCCAGCCUGUUCUUAUUGUAUUUAUUAAAACUUGUAAUAAUGUGAUUUUUUUCAAUGAUAUUAGUUCAAAUCGAAUGGUUUCAUGCCACACUGAAAUCGUUUAAUUUAUUUGUUGAGGUACCAUAAAGCUAGGGUGCUAGGUGGCAAAUAAUGUUUCUGUGCAAUAGGAGCACUGGUUGAAUGUGUAAAUGAAUGCUCUUUCUGGGGGCUGGGGAGAUCCAGCACAACUACUGCUUAUUCUCCAAAGAAUAUUGGGAGCUCUCGGUCCUCAGUGACGUGAGACAGACCACUGAGUGGUUGCCCUGUGACUGAGUUUUCUACAGGAAUUUUAUUAAAGAUUGUUUAAUUUUGUCAUCCUUCUUAAUGUUCUCAGUCAAAUAAAUGGGAGCUGGUUUUGGCCGUUUGGGGAUA